AUGGCAUCUUCUUCCCUCUUUUGGGUCCCUCUCUGUCGUCUCGAACCAGCAGUAAUUUCUACAAUUUUUUAGUCAGAGAUAUAUAAAUUGUUGGUGGACUCUGAGUCUUCUUCUUCAUCAGACCAAACUUACAGUUCACAGCCAUGGUUCGAGCCCCAUAUUUUGAUGAAAAUGGACUCAAAAAAGGUGCAUGGAGUCCUGAUGAAGAUGAGAAGCUCAAAGCUUACGUUCAUAAACAUGGCCAUUGCAAUUGGCGAGAGCUCCCUAGAUUUGCAGGUUUGUCGAGGUGUGGCAAAAGUUGCCGAUUACGUUGGAUCAAUUACCUUUGUCCAGACGUGAAGAGAGGAAACUACACGAAAGAAGAAGAACGAUUAAUCCUUCAAUUGCAUCAAGAACAUGGAAACAAAUGGUCACUGAUGGCUACGAAAUUACCGGGACGAACGGAUAACGAAAUAAAGAAUUAUUGGCAUACCCAUUUGAAGAAGGUAAAAGCUAGCAAGGUUAAAAAGAAGCAACAAAACGAGGCAAUUUCCAUGAAGGAAAGAGAGCCAGAAAUGAAAGCCAAUUUGAUAAGCGAAGUUCCCUCUCAUGAAAUCUUGGAAAGCUCUCCAUUUUCGCCGCUGUCCUCUGAAAUCUCCACUGUCUGUUCCAACCAAGAAUCGACACAAGACAGCCCACCAACGACAUUCAAAUUUCAAGAAGCAAGUAAUAACAACAAUGGAGAUUUCUGGGAUGUUCCAUUUUUAGUAGACAAUUUGGAAGCUCAAAGUCAAAACCCAAUGUUCUUCCAUGUUAACUACGAUUUCGAGUUCGAUGAAGCCGACUUGUUCUAUCAAGUAAUGAAGGAAUUGCCCGAGAAUUAUCAACCCUACUUGUAUCCCUCCUGAAAAAACGUCAUGUAUCUGUAUCUAUAUCCAAAUCUAUCUCUAUAUAAUAAUAAUGAUAGAAUUUUACUA